AUGAAGAUUCAGAGUCUGUUCUUGAUGGCCAUUUUCUCUCUUGCUUAUACACAGCUGCUCAAUGGCCAAUCAUUGUCAGGUUGCCAAACUAGAUGUGGCAACGUCUCAAUCGACUACCCUUUUGGCACUUCUCAAGGUUGUUACUAUGCCGGCGAUAAUAGUUUCAAACUCACAUGUAACGAAACAAAUAAGCUAAUCUUUGGCGGCAAUGAAGUGAUCAACAUCACUCACAGCGGCGAGCUACGCGUCCUGGUUACUAGAUCCUAUGUUUGUUACAACAGCCAAGGGAACCAGACUGGUCGUAGUAACCGGUGGACUAGGCUUGGUAACUUAACAUUCUCCGACAAGAACAGAUUCACUGCAGUAGGAUGUAACACUUACGCGUUUCUCAACACUAACGGAGUUGGAAAUUACUCAGUUGGGUGCAUGUCAACAUGUAACUCUCCUAGGGAGACAAAUGGAACAUGUUCUGGUGGAGGUUGCUGCCAGACUUCUCUUCCUAGAAGGAACAACUACUUCAGAGUAAGACCAUAUAGCUUUUCAAACCAUACUUCUGUUCAUAGCUUCAACCCUUGCAGCUACGCCUUUCUAGUGGAAGAUGGUUUGUUUAACUUCAGAUCUACAGAGGAUCUUAUGAAUCUGAGGAACAUCACGAGGUUCCCUGUGGUACUGGAUUGGUCUAUUGGUAAACAUUCAUGUCAGCAAGUUGGAAGCGCAAACAUAUGCGGUUGGAACAGUGAAUGUUCCAACUCUGUCCGUGGAACCGGUUACAUCUGCAAAUGUAAGGAAGGGUUUGAUGGGAAUCCGUACCUUUCAAAUGAGAAGGGUUGCUAA